GAACAGUGAAUUCUGUGAGAGGAGUGCGUUUUGCUCAGAGAAAUCUGCCUAACUUGUCACUGUCUUUUCCUCCAUGGAUGGCCAAGCAUGCCCAGAGGCAGCAAAUGUCCAACAGGAGCUUCCCCACUGAGUUCCUCCUCCUGCCAUUCGCAGACACACGCGAGCUGCAGCUCCUGCACUUCGGGCUCUUCCUGGGCAUUUACCUGGCUGCCCUCCUGGGCAACGGCCUCAUCCUCACAGCCGUAGCCUGCAGCCACCACCUCCACACCCCCAUGUACUUCUUCCUCCUCAACCUUGCCCUCCUUGACCUGGGCUCCAUCUCUACCACUGUCCCCAAAGCCAUGGCCAAUUCCCUGUGGGGCACCAGGACCAUUUCCUAUGCAGGUUGUGCUACUCAGGUUUUUAUGUUUGUUGCCUUUAUCACAGCAGAGUUUUAUCUUCUCACCUUCAUGGCCUAUGACCGCUACAUUGCCAUCUGCAAACCCCUGCACUACGGGACAAUAAUGGCAAGCAGAACUUGUGUCACCAUGGCAGCAGUUGCCUGGGGCGCUGGUGUUCUCAGUACUGUUCUGCACACUGCCAAUACCUUUUCCCUCCCCCUCUGCCAAGGCAAUGCCCUGGACCAGUUCUUCUGCGAAAUUCCCCAGAUCCUCAAGCUCUCCUGCUCAGAUGCCUACCUCAGAGAAGUCCAGUUCAUCAUCUUUUGCUUUUGUUCAGGUACAGCAUGUAUUGUUUUCCUUGUGCUGUCCUAUGUGCAGAUCUUCAGGGCUGUGCUGAGGAUUCCCUCGGAGCAUGGACGGCACAAAGCCUUUUCCACAUGCCUCCCUCACCUGGCCGUGGUCUCCCUGUUCAGCAGCACCAUCAUGUUUGCCUACCUGAUGCCCUCCUCUAUCUCUUCGUCAUUUCUGAACCUUUUGCUGGAAGUUCUGUACUCAGUGGUACCUCCUAUACUGAACCCCCUCAUCUACAGCAUGAGGAACAAGGAACUCAAGGAUGCACUUAGGAAACUGAUGGUAUCAAUGUUUUCCAGUAUUCAUAAAGUUCCCUGCCCUGUCUACAAAUGA